AUAUACGUAACUGUGUAGGCACAGAUUACAGACAAAACGAUAACCUGUGGUCAUUACCCACACAGAGAAGUGGCUGCUGGUGUGAAUAACCUUGCCUGCUGUCAGUAUGGAGUCAACGCCGCUGCUUCAUCUUAGGAAAGAUUCAGAAGACAGAACCAAGUUGGGAAAUCUCCUCAAGGCCAAUAUAGUGUUCUUGACCUUUCACUUGUCUGUUAAUAUGAGGAAUCCUGUUCUCAACCAGUAUCUAUAUCAGCGUUAUUUAAGCGAGCUAGAGGACAAUGGAACAGAUACUUCCUCCAACAACGUAACACCAAAAUGUCUUGUCAACAAAUCAGAUCCUGCAUACCUGAUUCAUCUUCAAGCUGAAGAAAUGAGUAACAACAUAACAGUAAUGUUCGGCUACAUUGGCACACCGAUGUGUAUCAUAAGUUGCAUACUGCUUGGUUCGUACUCCGAUUAUAUCGGGCGACGGAUACUGUUUGUGAUUCCAUUGAUGGGCGAAGGUAUUCGCAAUGCGCUGUGUACAGCUGUCAUGUACUGGGACAUGGACCUGCGAUACAUGUAUAUUGGAGAAGCCAUCACCGGAAUCAUGGCCGGAUAUAAUGGUGUAAGUCUGGCCAGCUAUGUAUAUACCGCGGACAACACACCACCUAAAGCAUCCCGGACGAUUGGAAUGGCUGCUGUAGACUUUACAACAUACUUCGCUGCUGCUCUUUCUCAAGCCGGAACUGGAUACUUUAUCCAAUAUAUGGGCUUUGCAUGGCCAUCUUUUGUGACAGCAGCUCUUGUAUUUCUCACAGUCUUCUUCGUUAUUGUUAUACUUCCUGAGACCGUUCCUCUUGAAAAGAAACAGUCGCCUUGCAUUGCACCAACUAAAGCUAUUAAGAACGUAUUUGGAUUCUAUUUCUCCAAAACAUUUGGCAGGAAGAGGUCAUUGUUUUGGAUAGCGUUCAUAGCGUUCUUCAUCACAUAUGUAGGUAAUUCUGGCACCGGAUCCAUAGAUUAUAUGCUGCUUCUUAAUCAACCGUUUUGCUGGGGUCCAGAGAUGAUUGGCUACGUCAAUAUGGCGGCCAUGCUACUAUAUCAGUUCCUGACUGUUGGUGUGAUCAAGCUGUUUCACAUGUGCACAGGGGACGAGAUGAUCGCCAUUUUGACGGCACUGGUGAGAGGGGGAUCCGACGUUCUUCACGGCCUCGCCUACACUGAUUACAUGAUAUAUGCACAAACUGUUCUGGCAGCACUAGCCGCUCCCUUGUCGCCAGUUCUCAGGGGGAUUGUGUCCAGGAUGGCCCCAGCAGACAUUCAGGGUUCUUUGUUUGCGGGACUGACUGUGGCGGGAGUUGUGGCGAGUACGACGGGGCUGGCAGUUUACGGAGCGGUUUAUGAUGCAACCGUGGAGACGAUGCGCGGUUUCGUCUAUUUCACGUGUGGUGGAACACGUGUCCUAACAGCCAUCAUACUUGUGGUGUUUUACUGCGUGGCGCCAGGUAUACUGCGCCAGAUCAAAACGGAGGAUGUCAUCAUUAACGACCAGGACGAGAGGGCUCACGUUGUCACACCGCCCCAGAAGCCAGUUGUGGACUCGGAGGUGUAAUGUCGGAUCUAGAACACUGUCUAAAUCAUUCCUACAUGGACACUGAAAUUUUAUCUAGUGGAAAUAAAACUUGUCUUUUGUACUGAAUUUUAGUUUAUUGAUAUAAGAUGCUCGAUCUGAUUACAGAACCGUUACACUGAAUGAUAGCAUGUUCAGAUUAUGUCAUAUAUUCCAGUUUGCUUAAUGAAAUCAAGCACUGCUUUUUGAAUCGACUCGUGCAGCAGAUUAGGUUCCAGCGUUGGUAUACGUUAUUACCUCCCUUUGACUUCAGCAGGCAUGCUGAAAUCAAUAUCAACAUUUGAGAGUCGAUCCAUGUUGUACCGCAGAUCUACAGUAUUUGUUGAACAUUAUAUUUGUACCAUUUCAUCAGCUCUUACACGAAAUACACACCAUUGCCGUAUGUUACGAUCAGUUCACGACUUGUAAAUAGUGUUUGUACAAGUUCACAGAUGACUUACUGUUUGAGUAUUGUGGAAACUCGUACUCUUUGGAGGCUUGCUUUAAUACCCAUACAUUUUAGACAAUUAGCUGCUUUUUAACGUUUUUUCCAGCUUUUG